CCACUCAUCAGCUACAUGGGGCAAAGACGAUACUCGACGACGCCGAAGAAAAUGGAUACGGCACGGCAGCUGGAUGCAAUAGAAGCUAUGGGGACAUUUCCUCAGACCUUCCUCUGCAACGGGGCCUUACAAGCGUAGCCUCUUUGCCCCUCAUCAUCCUCGUCUUCAUCGAGAUCCUGACUGGUCUGGCUGCUGACCUUUCCCAUUCCAUGCCUUUGGUGGAUGGACCUCCCUGUCUCCAAGGUUCCUAGAGGAGUCGAUUUGUCUACUGGGGGUCCCUGAAGAGUAGGGUCAAACAAUGCAAUACAACACUACGGAUACCCAGGAGCGAUAUGCCGUGGCAAACUGAGAUAUCCGUCUGACACUCUCGCCUAACCCGGCCCUGGCCCUGGGCCGUCCUCGGCUCAUGGGCAUGGCAAUUUGGUGGCCGUCGGGGGGGCCUGUCGGGUCCGGUGCUGGGGAUUCGGGCCUGGUGGAAGGUGGGAAUAUGGACACCGCUGCUGGACCCCGUCGCUCGCCGGGCUCGGUCCUGCCUGAGGUUAUUCUAUGAUUCCACUCACACUGCCUGGGGGAGGUGAUAUGGGUACCUAUAUACCUGCGGAGUACCUAGGUAUCUCACCUUGGUAGGUAGGGGACCUGACCUGGGCCUUUGACGGGGGGGUCUUUGGGGUCGCGGGCGGCGCCGGGCCUGUAGAUUAGCGGGCCAUCCGUCCAGGCCGUCGCUCUCCUUCUUGUCCUCUGGGCGGACCGCGCCAAAAUUGCACUGGAGUUUGUCCUUCAUACUUCAUUCAGAAUCAUGGGCCGGUGGUUCCAUCAGAACCUUACACCGCCCGACACUGAUUUUCCUCUACUUCCGCACACCGGCCCAACCAGACUGGCUAGCCGGUGCAUGUGGGCUCUGAACCUCGACUCGUAGCACUUCGCUUACCCGUACACCACGCACUUAACAUACAAGUCCACGUUUCCGUCGAGUGAAACGGGGAAGGGGAGGGAUGGGGAGCGCCGGCACGUCGACUAUGGAUUCCCCGGAUGCGACGCGACGCCUCAGGCAACAUUGGUUUGCCUCGCGCAAAAGAGCCCAGUCCCAUUGACGGAUGGAUCUGAUGGAUUAUCAUAUCAUGUCGUCGUCCAUCCACUUGGCCAACAUCGGUCGAGAAGGGCAAGGACUUCAUGAGAAAAAGCCUCCACCUGGAUUGGCAAGAGGCUUUCCUUCACGGGCUCCAUCCGCCCCACCCCCAUUCAGCACGUGCUAUUUCAACGAUCUUAUGACAAAGCUGCAGCUCAAUGAGAAGGCCCGAGACCAACACACGAGGAGGAGGGGGACGACGACGACGACGAGGCGCCAGGCCCGUCAUCAUCUCAGACCAAGCAAAUCAACCCACCACCGUGCCAUCGCCCGCCACUAUCGAGACACGGGCCCCUUCUCCGUCCGAGGUGUCCAUCAAACCUGGCAGCCUGGCCUACGAGGAUUCGUCAAGGGCAAAGGCGCGGCGCGGAAAUGGACCGUAUGGAUUCAAGGACCCAUGGAUGUUGAAAUUUUCCAACCGACGACCACCGAUUGACACACAGAAUGAGGAAGAUGAGGUGAGGUUAGGAUUGUCCUUCGGAUGGGAGCUUUGACCACGGAAUUGCAUGAGCGGUGUGCUGUGCCUGUCCGCGUCCUCUAAUUUUGUUAGUUCGUCGAUUUUCCAUUGGGGGAGGGGCCUCUGGAGAUUCGGUCAUUGACCAGAGCCAAUAGUCCGAAUCCUCGCCGCCACCCAAGGGGAGGACCUUCCAACCGCCCGCCGACCCUUGAAUGUUUGCUCUUCCCCGUACGCAGGCGUCAGGGCCAAGCACAAGUUCAGAUUUUGCUCUUCCCCGGUAUCUCGGAGGAGGAACAGGUGGUGGUGGUGGCUGUGCGGACCGCGGCCUUGAAUCAGAUCCUGCGCAGCUCUAGUCAGGUACGUUGCGCUACCGGCCGCCCAUUGCAUUUCACAUGGCCCGCCAUCAAAUUACCCAACCACUAUAUCCGUAAACGUUGGACGAACCAGCGGGCCGCGAUUCCCAAGACCUGCUGAGAGGUACCUGGCGCACAGAGUGGCCAAAAUGGAACCACCAAACAAACCCCCCCCAACCCCACCUGUGUGUGCCUGACUACAUCGUACUGCCCGUCCGAAUCUCGUAUUAGUCGGGUGAGCGUGGUUCUUCUCUCUUCCCUUACUCGUUUUUCUUCCCUUCCAAUACUACAGAUAUUGCUUCUCUAUACAAUAAUAUAUACCCAUGUCGGCCUGACACAGGGCCGUUGACUGUUUCCGGCAAGAGGAUCUCAUAUCGUGUGGCCCAUGCCAUGCCAUCCAUCACCACCUUUUUACACACAAAAGAGUAAGAGAAACGGCCCCCACCCAUAUGUAGAAAGGAAGAUCAUCACCUGGGUGCCUUCGUUGAUUGCCAAUCCAAUGACACGACGUCGGUGAGCCGUGAACCCUUCCCGCGCCGGUGGUCCGCCAUGUGGCCAUCCAUCGCGCCUUCAAAAUGCUACCCUCUCGGGUUGCAAUGGGUUGUGUCCGUCUCGACAGUAAC